UGACCCGGGCGCGCCGCGGCCGUCCGCUCAGACCCGGCGAGAGGCGGCGGCGGGAGCGGCGGUGAUGGACGGGUCCGGUGAGCAGCCCAGAGGCGGGGGGCCCACCAGCUCUGAGCAGAUCAUGAAGACAGGGGCCCUUUUGCUUCAGGGUUUCAUCCAGGAUCGAGCAGGGCGAAUGGGGGGGGAGGCACCCGAGCUGGCCCUGGACCCGGUGCCUCAGGAUGCGUCCACCAAGAAGCUGAGCGAGUGUCUCAAGCGCAUCGGGGACGAACUGGACAGUAACAUGGAGCUGCAGAGGAUGAUUGCUGCCGUGGACACAGACUCCCCACGAGAGGUCUUUUUCCGAGUGGCAGCUGAAAUGUUUUCUGACGGCAACUUCAACUGGGGCCGGGUUGUCGCCCUUUUCUACUUUGCCAGCAAACUGGUGCUCAAGGCCCUGUGCACCAAGGUGCCCGAACUGAUCAGAACCAUCAUGGGCUGGACAUUGGACUUCCUCCGGGAGCGGCUGUUGGGCUGGAUCCAAGACCAGGGUGGUUGGGACGGCCUCCUCUCCUACUUUGGGACGCCCACGUGGCAGACCGUGACCAUCGUUGUGGCUGGAGUACUCACCGCCUCACUCACCAUCUGGAAGAAGAUGGGCUGAGACCCCCAGCUGCCUUGGACUGUGUUUUUUCUCCAUAAAUUAUGGCAUUUUUCUGGGAGGGGUGGGGAUUGGGGGACUUGGGCAUUUUUCUUACUUUUGUAAUUAUUGGGGGGGUGGGGAAGAGUGGUCUUGAGGGGGUAAUAAACCUCCUUCGUGACACA